AGAAUGGCAUCCUCCUCCGAAGAUCUUCUUGAUGCUCAAGCUCAUGUUUGGAACCACAUAUUCAGCUACAUAAACUCCAUGGCUCUAAGAUCUUCACUUCAACUACGCAUACCCGACGCCAUCCACAAACAUGGCAAACCUAUCACGCUUUCUCAACUGGCCGACGCCCUCUGCAUCAACAAGGAAAAAUCCCAUGGCCUCUAUCGCCUCAUGCGAGUUCUAGUCCACUCCAACUUCUUCGACAAGGUCAUCAUCUCCGAGCAAGAGGAGCGAGAAGAAGCUUAUUCUCUCACUAGGGCUUCACGUCUCUUGAUAAGAGAUGAUCCACUGAGCCUUGCGCCUUUUGCGCUUGCCCUCAGCGACCCGGCCUUCGUUGACUCGUUCCAUCAUAUGAGUGAAUGGUUUCGAGACGAAUGCCCCACUGCGUUCUUCACCAAAAAUGGGAUGGAUCAUUGGGAGUUUGCAUCCAAAGAUGAGAAACUGGAUCAAGGGUUUAAUGAGGCCAUGGCUUCUGAUGCACGCUUCGUGGGAAGCAUACUUGUUCGAGAAUGCAAGCAUGUUUUUGAGGGUUUGAAGACGAUGGUGGACGUCGCAGGCGGCACAGGAGAGGUUGCCAAGGCUGUGGCCGAGGCAUUUUCAUGGUUGAAAUGUGUCGUGCUCGACCUACCACAUGUCGUUGCUGGCAUGGAAGGCUCUGAGAAUGUGAGGUUUGUUAGCGGAGACAUGUUUGAGUUCAUUCCUCCCGCGGAUGCAGUUUUCCUCAAGUGGAUAUUGCACGACUGGGGAGACGAAGAUUGUGUGAAAAUACUGAGAAAAUGCAAAGAAGCAAUAGUUGAGAGUAAAUUCAAUGGUAAAAAGGUGAUUAUUGUGGACAUGGUUGUGGAUGAGGCAACUGAAACUCAUCUGUUCAUGGAUAUGCUCAUGAUGGCUAAUAAUCCAGGAAAAGAAAGAACUGAGAAAGAAUGGGCAAAGCUCUUUGAUGCUGCUUGCUUCAAAAAUUAUAAAAUCACUCCUACUUUAGGAGUGAGGUCUAUAAUUGAGGUGUUUCUGUGAUGAUAUGAAUCUACAGGCUUUCAUCCUAAAACCAACUAGUGAUAAGAAAAGCAUCACUCGUAUAGUGGUCUUAAUUCUCUCUUUA